CUAAUCGCUCCGCGCAAAUUCAACAUCGGCGUGGACCAUUCUCUUUUUCUAACUCUCUCUUCAUUACCAACAUCAACUGCACGGCAUGACUUUGGCUCUCAAGGCAGCCAAGUCAUAUAUUACAACAGUACUUCGCUCGAUGUGUUCGCAUUCAGAUGCGGACCCAACUUCACACCGACGGCCGCGCGAACUGCCCUUGGACGUCUGGAGACACGUCAUUGCCGACUACCUGCAGGACGACACCGCCGCCCUGCAGGCGUGCAGCCUGACGUGCCGUGCAUGGCUGCCCAUCGCGCGCCGCCAGCUAUUUCGCACCGUCACGAUCAGGCAGCAUGCCGGCCGCACCUGCUUGACCGGCCUAUUGGACGCGCAGCCACGUCUUGCACGGUACAUUAGGGAGCUAAAGUUGAAGUCGGGGCACCACGGGGGUGACUGGCUGGCUGAAGAGUUGGGGGCGCUUUUGCCGAGGCUUCCGGAUCUUGUUAUGCUCGCGGUGGAGGGUCAUCACGAGCUGGGUGCCAGCGCGAUCCAGGCUAUCAGUUCGCGAGUGGCAGCGCACGGUCUGCGCGGCAUCCACCUGUCGCAGCUUCGUAUCAGCUGCGACCACCUCGUGCAGCUACUCACAUUGUUUCGUGAUCUCGCGGCUAUCGGGCUGCACCACUUGCACAUCACAGCUGAGACGUGCUCGAAGCUGGUACAUGACCAAAGAAAUAUACUGCGGAUCCGGGAAGUGGCUAUUGAAUCGAUCGACGAUGCUACAGACGGGCUGUGGCUUUGCCGCGCUCCCUUCAGACUGCAAUUGCGGGUGUUCAAGUGGGUGGGGCGUCGGUGUCGACGCCAUCUGCACAUAUUAGCCAGCUUGCUUCGCCAUGUAGACGCCGCGGCCACGCUGGAGCACCUUGUCGUCGGACUAGAAGAUGUGGACCACGAAGCACCGAGCGAGUCGUUCCCGUACCUGCGCAUUCACCUCAGAUGCCUGCGUACGAUCUGGCUGCAUAUACCGCCGCCUCUCGUACCUUGGGACCGUAUAUUCCGCCAGAAUACCGACCGUGCGAGCGACCUCAUUGUCGGCGUGCUCAGUCAGAUAGAAUCCUGUCACAUGGAAAACAUCACCAUUGGCAGUGUUCUGUAUCUUGAUCACGAUUUUGAGCCGAUCAAAUGGCGAUUCGUCGACCGACAGCUCACCCGCCUUGGCCAAGCGAAUCCUGGGCUCAUCGUGAGCUUCCUCGUCGAAGUGCACUUUGCGGUGCCAGACAUGGCCGCGGAUGAGGCUGUGCUGCUACAACAGUCAUGACCAGCGGCUGGACAUAAUUGACGUAGGGACUGGCGAGCUCACUACCGAACCACUCGAGCAGUGGCGUACUUGGAGAUCUGCAUUAUUCUGGUGAAACUGUCCCGUUGAUCCAUACAUCUGCUAUACUCUACAUAUGAAGGAGGAUUACAAUGGUCUAUAGGAGGUGAGACUUGUGAUAGCUGUUCUCAAGCUGCCGAGCAUAUCGACGGUGCACAUCUUGAUCAACAUACACUAGACAAAUCGCACGAAUUGAACUCGUCACCGCUGCGACUCACAUACGAUCCAUCCUGGACCGUCGGAAGCUCAGCUGCCGCUAGAUGUCU